GGUUUUAUAUUUGAACAGGACAAGCUGAUCUCUAUGCAUUCAGAUGUUAUGGAGCAGGGUGGGUGAUGGACGAAUCAUGCCCCCCAAACCACAAAAUGUUCCCAAUACACGUCAAAGUUGGGGCUCUUGCUAAGGCAACGGGUUGUCCUAAUUACAUAGUCAAAGGUACUAACUCUACGCUGGAGUCCAUGUGUUGUAACCACACCGACAGUGCUUGUCUUAACUUUUAUCGGAACACCCUGAAUGAUUCGAUUACCUACGUAUAUCAUAAGAACUGUAUGGGUCGGGAAAUGUGUAUAAGUCACUCUAUAGUUCAGGCUACCACUACCGGUCCAGUUGUUUUUUGUAAUCAGACUCUGUAUCAUUCCACCACUACUGUACUAGAGCUCAAGUACCAGUGUUAUAAAGAUGAACAGUUCCUUACUCUGUCAAGUUCGGAAUCUGUUUCUAAGACGGGUCUUACUGAUGUUCAUGUUGUGUUGCAAGAUUACGAAUCUUCCCCAGGGAUACCUGCAGCCGUAACAAGUCUUGAGUGUUCCAUUGAAACAUCAGAAUGUGAUGGACAAAUAAGGAUUACUGCUAAAGAUCUGAGAUUGUUUUCUAAUGGGAGCCAUUGUUUACAGAGAAUAUCAAUUAAUGAUACGGAGAAUGCAGAGAUAAAUAAUUUUGACUGCAGUCACAAUACGGAUUUUACACAAAAUACAAACUUUUACACAAGUCUUUCUAACCAUAUUAUUGUAAAAUUUACCAAUUCUUACAACUUUGACGGAGGGUUCCUUUGGAUACAGCCAACUGCUGUGAACUCUAGCGAUACACUUUCCCUGAAUUGUCCCCCUACGGAGGAGAAUCCAGCCUGUAUCCCCACCACAGUAAUAGUCACAACAGAGGAAGACACCACGACAACAGUGGUCACAGAGACAACAACUGGGACAACUCCAGCUACAAACAACACAGACCUAGAUCCUGAAGAUAACAAGCCACAGGAAGAAACAGAAGAUGUCGGUCUCAUUGUUGGGCUUUCUGUUGGACUGGUGGCUUUAGUGGUUGCAGUUGUUGCUCUGGUUGUGAUCAAAAAAAGAAAGCCUUGCUCCAACGCUCCUGAAAGAAAAGUAUCACAGGCAAGACCAGACAAAUCUACAGUUGAAAUAAAUAAUGAAAGCUCAUCAAGUCCUCAGAAUGAUUACGUAUCAAAAACACAGUCAUGGAGCCAUCUUCAUUCUUCUCAAAGAGUUUUUGAGAUUAAUGAAAAGUCAACAAGUCUUCAGAAUGAUCAGUCUUUAGCAAAACCGCCAAGAAGUCAUCUUGCUCCAAUUUCGGCAGAAGAUGAAUAUAAGGUAAAGAAAAAGAAAAGAAAAAAGAAAAAUGAGAAAAAGUGUGAAUCAGACAACAAGAAAAAGAAGAAGAAAAAGAAGAAAAAGAAGAGGCAUACAGAUGGCUCAGGAGAAACUUCAAACAAUCCUACAGAGAACGAUAUUACAUCUCCUGUGAAUAGUGCAAUGUGA